AUUCUUCAGAAUUAUUGCGACAGUAGUAUGCUUACCAGCAAAAUCUCCGCUAGUUUUCUUCUCGAGAUUGAAACUCAAUUCACACUCAAACAACCUUAAAAUCUCCUCAAAUUCCUCUCACGCCAUGUUUGCUCUUCCCUUCCUUCUUCUCUCCUCCCAAAACCAUUGAUGAAUUCGCAAAUUCGCUCUCAAAUGGACUCCGGAGUUGCUCUCCUUUUCGCCCUAUUCUCACUCCUCUCCGCCGCCGCCGCCGCCCAGGGCGGCGGCGGAGGGGCGGCGCGGGAGCUCUGGUGCGUGGCGAAGAACAAUGCCGAGGACGCCGCGCUGCAAUCGGCGCUGGAUUGGACGUGCGGGCCGGGCGGCGCCGAUUGCGGGCCAAUUCAAAACGGCGGGCCCUGCUACGACGCGGCCGAUCUCCAGAAAACGGCGUCGUUCGCCUUCAAUGAUUACUUCCUCAAGCACGGCCCCUCGGAGGAGACCUGCAAUUUCGCCAACACCGCUGCUAUCACCGAUUUGAACCCUAGCCAUGGUAGCUGCAAAUUUCCAUCCAGUUUAACUGCGGGCAACGGUAACUUUAGUGGGGCGGCUGCUGUAGAUUCAGGUGGCGUGGAUCCGAGUAGCGCUAUUUCAGUCACUCGGCACGUUGUUAUUCUGGGAUCACUUGUGAAUUGUAUGUUGUUUGCUAUUCCACUUGUAUUAUGAUGGAGUCCAAUCCACAAUUUUUGAUGCAACGGCAAAAGCAAAAUGCGUUUGUUGAGGCGAUGUAAUGAUGAAAGCAACUGAUGAUUAUUGGUUUGAUGAGUUAAAGGUUGAAGCUUGGUAAAUGCUAAGCUCGUUUCUCUGCUCG